AUGCCAGCCCAAGAAGUUUUUUUUAAUCAAUCCUUAAAUAUUAACUCGGUUGACCUGCAAAAUGCCGGACAAUCUAAAAUAAAAAAACUUUUUGAAGAACUUGAAGAAGAUAAAAAAGAA